GUACAUAUUGCAGAAUUUAGAAUAAAAUGUGUGUUUUAAAGAUUUUUGUUAAAUAAGAAUAUGUUACAGAUAAAAUCUAGAUUAUUGCUAGAUUUCUGUAGUCUCAGGUAUACUUGUUCUAUGAUUGAUUAAAAAUAAUGUAUGUUCGGCUGGAUCAUAAACAAUUAGUUUUCAGUGUGAAUAGUAUUUUUAAACAUAUUUGAAUACUUAAACAUUAUUUAAAAUAUGGAUCCAGCUUUACUAAGGGAACAUGAAGCUUUUAAAAAGCGAGCUGCAUCUCAACCGAGUUUUGAAAAAAGGAAAAGGGAACCAGAAAAAGAAAUUGUUCGAGAUGACAUACCAAAAAAGAAACCAAAACCAUCAUCGGUUUCUUCUGGACCAAAACUUGAUAUUAAUACUUAUAAGACUAUGUCGGGUAGUUCACAAGUUAGAUUUGGUAUAUUAACAAAAAUUGUACAACAUAUGAAAGCAAGGCAUCAGGACGGCGAGGAUCAUCCAUUGACUUUGGACGAACUUCUAGAUGAAACUAAUCAACUUGAUAUAGGAACCAGGAAUAAACAAUGGCUUUUAAUGGAAUCAUUACCACAAAACCCAAAGAUAGAUGUGACCGCAGAUGGAAAGUAUUGUUUUAAAGCUCAAUAUAGAAUUAAAGAUAAAAAAUCGCUUUUGAGAUUAUUAAAGCAACACGAUCUUAAAGGUCUAGGAGGUAUUUUAUUAGAAGAUAUUCAAGAGAGUCUUCCACAUUCUGAAAAACAUUUAAAAAAUCUCCAAAAUGAAAUACUAUAUAUAUCACGAGCACAAGAUAAAAAAAAAAUAGUUUUUUAUAACGAUAAGACAGCGCAAUUUCCAAUUGAUGAGGAAUUUCAGAAGCUUUGGCGAGCAGUUGCAGUCGAUGCAAUGGAUGAUGCGAAAAUUGAUGAGUAUCUUGAAAAGCAAGGAAUUAGAUCGAUGCAAGAUCAUGGUCCAAAGAAAACCGCACCUCUUAAAAGGAAAAAGCCAAAUAACAAAAGAAAACAGCUGAAAAAACCAAGAGAUAACGAACAUUUGGCAGAUGUUCUUGAAACAUACGAUGACAACAAAUGAACAUAUUUGUGAUAAUAAAAAUUAAACU